UGAAGGUACCAUUGAAGGUUUUCUGGAACAUCGAUUUUGAUUAAUUCCGAACGAAAGCUGUGAUUAUUUUUAAAGCUAUGCUUUAAUCGAGCAUCUUUACAUUUCUCUCGGUGUUUCAUUUCUUAAUAACUUUUUAACUUUUUCAAAACAUGAUCUACAUCAUCAGAUUGUGCGAAGAGCUUAUUCAAAAACAAACCAAAUUCGUUUUAAAAUGAAACCCACAACCAAAAGGUUGUAACUGAAGAGGUUUUUGGUAACGAUUUAAUGUGCUUCCUUAUGCGAUGCGAAAUAGCACUAUAAAGUAAGCAAGAGUAAUAAAAACAUUAUACGCUAACAAACAGCGGUUUGUGGUACGAAUAACCUUGAGAUCAAAUAACGACUUAGCUAAAAAAAGACAAACAAGAGUGGCAAACAAAUGAUCUUCCUUAAAACAAAGCUAUAAACAUGAGAUUAAUUUAAUUGCAUCUGAUAAACUACACCAGGCAGUCAAACGAAGCUUAGAUGUCAGGGUCUAUGAUGUCGCUGGCUGUAAGUUUCGCGAACCGGUUGGAAGCACAUCGACCACACGAGCGAACGAGAGAGACGAACCAGCGUUGAGUUCAAGUACACAUAUCAUUGGCGCUUUACCGACUCCGAGCGGCCAAAGCGAAAAGCGAACAAGAGGGGCUAAGCAAAAAUCAGCGAAGCAAUAAGCCUUUUUGUGUUUGUGCUUAGGCUGAUGCACCGUUGGUCCAUUAGAAAGUGAAAGCGAGUGCAGUGCAAUUGCAUCGACCGUGCAGCUAAUGCAAUGUCCGAAUGCUCUUUUUAGUCUUCAGUUUUCUAUUGGCUGCCAUCGUGAUGGCUUCUGCUACGAUCCACAUCAAGCAGCUGUCGGUGGACAAGUGUCCUUCUCAGUACGAGGCAAACGAUCUUGGUGUCACACUAUCGGAAAUGCACCGUGCGAUCGCACUACAGGAACUAGACGAAACGGAAGUGCGCCGGGAGGAGUCGUUGCGAUUGUUUCGCGAAUGGAUAGCUACCCAUCCGCACAUACGCAGAUGUCGCACGGACGCACUGUUUCUGUUACGUUUUCUGCGUGCCCGGGCGUACAAUUUGCAAGCGGCCCAGACCACUCUUGAGCGCUAUCUAACGAUGCGUCAGCUGUUUCGGAUAUGGUACGAAAAUCUGGAUCCAACCGAUCGUUACAUGCGUGAGUUGGUUGAGAAUGUGCAGGGCUGCCUGCCACUUGGUCUGGACGCUAGUGGACGUAUGGUGGCGCUGGUGAAAGUACGCAGCUAUGAUGUUACACGUUUCAAUUGCUACCAUCUGGGGCGACUGCAACACAUGCUGUUCGAGGCGUUCUUCGACGAUGUGGCGGUACAGAUUGCGGGCGGUGUCGCGAUCGUGGACUGUGAAGGUGCUACCAUGGGACACUUUGUAUGCUUCAAGCUUUCGGACAUCAGGAAUUUUAUGGACUGCCUUGCCCAUGCACUCCCGUUGCGUGUGAAAGAGGUGCACAUUGUACGUUUACCCCGCAUUGGUCAGGCCCUAGGGAAUUUGGUGUUAAGCUUCGCAGCCGAGGAACUACGUAAGCGUAUUUUUUUUCACGCUAGCAUGGAUGAGGUUUUGAAAUACGUCGAUCGGGACCUGCUGCCGAUAGAGUACGGAGGUAAGACGUGCCCAGAGGAAAUCACCAACAGCUUGAAACAGCGGUUAUCAAACAAACGUGACACGCUUCUGUUGCUUGAUCGUAUGGAGAUCGAUGUUGAGCCUUACGCACACCUUUGGCGUCAAACGGACGAAAGUGACGUGGAGUUCGGUAUGGAGAUUGACUAACCUGAGGAAAACCGUACAAACCUACUGUGCUACGUUAAUACUCUAGAGCAAAUGUAAACGUUAGCUGAGAUUGAUGGAAAGAUGAUCAGUUGCAUAAUUCAACAUGCUUUAAUAUACGGGAUACGUCAGUACUACAUCGAAUUAAUUACAGUAAGCCCUUCAUGCACGAGAUAUUAAUCACACAUAAUACAAGUGUAUGAUUGUAUCGCACACGAAUUGCGUAAUUUGCUUUGUUGUUACCGAUAACCCUAACCUAUCACACCCAUCCCACAUACGGUUGACGAACCCGGAACACUUUAAUCUCGACUUUUGUCCAGACAAGGAUUGAAAACAGUGGAGAGUUUUUUUCCCAAAACAAUUUUACCACGUAAGCCGGUGAAAUCAACACUGUAGGUGAGGUUAACAGCACUUUCAGCUCGUCUAUAAGAGAAUUAUAUUCUAUCACUUUUUGUUUUAUUUAUUCGAUUUCCAUCUAUGUAUGUGGUGUAUUAGCUUAGGUGCGCAAUAUUAUCAUACAAACAGAGAACACACGAUCACUUGCAAUUGAAUCUGUGCCCGAAAAACCUCCAUCUUCCAUGGAGACUGUCGUUGCUCUAGCAUCUGUGUACACAAACGUUAACAACAAGUUCUAUUUAGAUUUGACGUGCAAUUCUAGAGCUCUCUACACCAGAUAUAUUCGACUCUCCCUGCAUCGGAAUCCAGAUGAAUCCAGAUGUAAUAUUAUAAUCGCCGAACACUUUAAUUAGAUCUUUAACAAAUUUCUCCAGCGCCGUUUGCGUGUGGGAAUGUUUGGUGCAUAUGCAUGAAAAACGCACGCGAUCGCAUUGCGGUCAUAGAUUAUCUACCCAGAUCGAUUAAACCUUUCCCUUGAGGCGUAAUGCACAAACAGCAAGGGCCUACAAUGACCGUCGUUGCAAUGUCAGUGUCUCGUGGCCUAGACAACCGACCCAAUAGAACCCGUCCCCUGGGAGGACGUGUGAGUAAUAACAUUGAUCAUUCUCUCUUUAAAGCUUAAGCUGAGGCUCGAUCGUGCUCCAUCGUGUGCGUAUCGUCGUACUCAGCAGUAAUCUAAUAAAGUUUGUAGAAGCGAA